GGUAAAUGAAUGGUCGCUCAAAAUCAGGAAGGAGAUGAGAGUGAUUGACAGACAAAUUCGAGGUGAGAAGAAGAGCUUCAAGUCUAUUUUAUGUGAGGUCCAGUGCAACUUUGUUUUGUUACUCUAAGAAUGUCAGAGAGCAAAUCAUUUUCAAUACACUAUAACAAUAUAAACACAAAGUAGGGUGUCCAAUCAAAAUCUCAUAUUUUGACCAAUGGAUAAAAUACUAUGUUAGAUAUGUGUAGAUAAUCCUCUAAGUAAACCAAUGGGCCAAACCUCAUGUCUCUAUCAUAAUCCGUUCAAAAGUUAUUGGAGUUUUUACCCUUGUUGGAUGGCCAAAAUUAGGGUGACUAAAUCAACUGAGGCCAGAGAAUAAAAAAAGUAAAAGUGCACAGCUUCGAGUCAGUUAUAGGCUGGAUGCUGUGCAAGAAUGAAGGCUCACUUUCCAGUUGAACUCGUCAUCUUUCUUCUCAAAUCCGCAGGACAUAAAACAUAUAGAGGUAAGAUAGAUAUCGAUUUUGAGACAAGACAUGUAGUAUUUUCAGAUUUUAGUAUACACUUUUCAUAUUCAUGCAAAAUUCCUGUUAUUUUUCAAAGAUUUAUCACCAAAAAAUGUAUAUCUCUGUGAAAUAUCAACGGAACAAUGAGCGUACCGCAAGCUUUUUAUUUCAUGAAAAGUUUCAAAGCCUUUUACAUUUAAUUCAGCUCGUGUCAUGCUACUUUUUCUUUUUGCGACCCAAGGAAAUGACUUUGAAGAACAUGUAAAAUCCUCAAAAGUUUCUGCGAGAAAGCUGUACCGCUCUGUCAACAGUUUUUGGGUAUACUGUUAAUGAAAUGUUAGAGAAAGACCCCACUGAACGAUUCCGAACAUGAAUUUUGUCUUGGUAAAAUGUAUUUUAUAACAUAAGGAAGUGAAAUUUCAUCACCAAAGCGUGUUUACACCCGCAGAGUGGGUGGACAACCUACACAAAUGAAAGCUGCUGUCAAACUUCUGUCAUAAUGUUAUACAUUACAGUAUGUUAUAUUACAUUAUUUAGCAGUUUCUCAUUGUUCCUCUCUUGUAUCUCAGACAUUCAGAGGGAGGAGGAGAAGGUAAAGAGAUCCAUUAAAGAUGCUGCUAAAAAGGGACACAGGGACGUGUGUGUGGUUCUUGCAAAAGAGAUGAUCCAGUCGAAGCGUGCAGUCAGCAAACUUUAUGCCUCCAAAGCCCAAAUGAACUCUGUACUACUCAGCAUGAAGAACCAGCUUUGUGAGUGUUAAAGAAACUACUGAUGUAGUGCCACCUGAUACAAUAUACACUAUAUAUACAAAUGUAUGUGGACACCCCUUCAAAUUAGUGAAUUUGGCUAUUUCAGCCACACCCGUUGCUGACUGGUGUAUAAAAUGGAGCACACAGCCAUGCAAUCUCCAUAGGAAAAAACAUUGGCAGUAGAAUGGCUGUACUGAAGAGCUCAGUGACUUUCAACGUGGCACCGUCAUAGGAUGCUACCUUUCCAACAAGUCAGUUAGUCACAUUUCUGCCCUGCUAGAGCUGCCCCGGUGACCAUCUGGCAGUCCGACGGACAAAUCUGGGUUUGGCAGAUGCCAGGAGAACACUACCUUCCCGAAUGCAUAGUGCCAACUGUAAAGUUUGGUGGAGGAGGAAUAAUGGUCUGGGGCUGUUUUUCAUGGUUUGGGCUAGGCCCCUUAGUUCCAGUGAAGGGAAAUCUUAACGCUACAGCAUACAAUGACAUUCUAGAUGAUUCUGUGCUUCCAACUUUGUGGCAACAGUUUGGGGAAGGCCCUUUCCUGUUUCAGCAUGACAAUGCCACCGUGCACAAAGCGAGGUCCAUACAGAAAUGGUUUGUCGAGAUCGGUGUGGAAGAACUUGACUGGCCUGCACAGAGCCCUAACCUCAACCCCAUCGAACACCUUUGGGAUGAAUUGGAAUGCCGACAGCGAGCCAGGCCUAAUCGGCCAACCUCAGUGCCCGACCUCACUAAUGCUCUUGUGGCUGAAUGGAAGUAAGUCCCCGCAGCAAUGUUCCAACAUCUUGUGGAAAGCCUUCCCAGAAGAGUGGAGGCUGUUAUAGCAACAAAGGUGGGACCAACUCCAUAUUAAUGCCCAUGAUUUUGUAAUGAGAGUUCGACGAGCAGGUGUCCACAUACUUCUGGCCAUGUAGUGUGUCUUGAAAAUACCCAGCAUAAGUUCAGUUGAUGAUAAAUUAAUAGAAAUGCUUUGUAACUCUGGAAGCUAGUAGGAUCCUGAGUUUUAUCUGGUCAAGCCAAGUGGUCAGGCCAAGUUAUGUCUGUAAUAUGAAUAUGUACUGUACAUGUCAUAUGCUACAUAUCACAAUCGGAAGGGGUUGUGUGUGACUCUGCUGUUAUUUUUCCAGCUGUAUUGCGUGUAGCUGGGGCCCUUCAGAAGAGCACAGAGGUCAUGAAAGCCAUGCAGAGCUUAGUAAAGAUCCCAGAGAUCCAGGGCACCAUGAGGGAGCUGUCUAAGGAGAUGAUGAAGGUCAGUCGCAUAUCUGCUGACUCAUUGUGGCCACUUUGUGACUGUUGGGAACAUAAGUCUAGCACUACUUGUGUCCGUUUCUCUAUUUGUGUAGCUGUCUCUAGAGAGACUCAGGGAAGCCAUCCAGUUUUUUUAACCACUGCUACAAUACGAAGCUACAAACAUACAAUACUAUGCACUAUGUUUGAAUUUAUAUUGAAGAAAAACCAUGUUUAGAUUAGUAAAUACUGUUCGAGUAUUGAUAUAACUUGUUUGUGUCGUGUGUGUCCCACAGGCUGGUAUCAUAGAGGAGAUGCUGGAGGAUACCUUUGAAAGCAUGGAGGAUGACGAUGAGAUGGAGGAGGCAGCAGAGGCGGAAGUUGAUAAGAUCCUCUUUGAGAUCACAGCAGGUAAAGAUAGUCCCUUGGUAAUCAAACUUGUCUCAAAAAGUUGUUUGGGGCUGUAAAUUAUCGCCUGCCUGGCGGGGGUAAAAAAUACAAUAUUGUACAUGCUGACCCCUGGUGGUUUGUUCCAUAUCAGGUGCCCUUGGCAAAGCACCCAGCAAAGUCACCGACGCCUUGCCUGAAAUGGAGCCUCCUGCCGCAGCCGCAGAGGAUGAUUCGGAGGAGGACAUUGAGGAGAUGCAUUCUAGACUGGCAGCCUUAAGGAGCUAAGAUUGACCUCUUGACCUCUUUCUGUCCCCUUAAAGCCCUUUUGCCUGCCCAAGGAUGUACAAGGUCAAUUUUGAUGUACGGUUUACCUAGUCUCUUCUCAACUACAUUUUGUCUCUUUCUUUCACAUUAUUAUUUUGGGCUGAGAACUUUUCAAUGCUUAGGGCUAAAUAACACAUCAGAUCUGUUCUUAUGAAAGGGGGAUUUUAUGAUUUUACACAAACUGGGGAAGCCCAGAAAUCACUCGAUGUGUGGUGUGACAUAAAAAAAAAAAAUCAUACUGGCCCCCCAUGGGAAUCGAACCCACAACCCUGGCGUUGCAAACACCAUGCUCUACCAACUGAGCUACAGUGGGCUCUCAUGAUAGCUGAAAAUAAGAAGGACCCAUCCGUAUCUAAAGAGCUGAGUGUGGUCUGAUUCUUUUGGUCUUGUAUUUGGGGAAGUCGAGGCUCCUCCAAUUGGGUGGAUUA